CUUCUCGUGGUUUCCUUAUUUUCUCUUCUUUCUCGCCGAACAUUUUGUUCUCUUUCUUACAGGUUCUCCUUUCCUUUUAUUUUCUGUUCCCUACAGCCUUCCUUAAAGGAACCUUCUAGAAUUACUUUAUCAUAUCAAACUCCUUACUGUAUUUUCCAAUUCCAUCUCUCAAUAAUUCCAUAGUAUUCUUCACAAUUUUUUCUUUCUUAAUACCUCUCCUUUUAUUUUAAGCACCGGCCAUGCCGCCGUCGGGAGAGCAAAACGGGGACGCGGUUACAGCUGAAUCACAGAGAUCUUUACCUACACCAUUUUUGACGAAAACUUACCAACUCGUGGAUGAUCAGACAAUAGAUGAUGUGAUUUCUUGGAACGAAGACGGAUCUACCUUUAUCGUUUGGAACCCCACGGUCUUCGCGAGAGAUUUGCUGCCCAAGUACUUCAAGCACAACAACUUCUCUAGCUUUGUCCGUCAAUUAAAUACUUAUGGAUUUAGGAAGGUGGUACCUGAUCGAUGGGAAUUCUCGAACGACUGUUUCCGCAGAGGCGAGAAAAAGCUUUUACUGGAUAUACAGAGAAGGAAAAUUUCAAUGCAAGCGGCAACGACGGUGACGCCGCCGCCAACGCCGAUGGCUGUAACGCCGGCAGCAAUUCCAAUGGCCAAGCCAGUAAUCUCUCCAUCCAAUUCUGGAGAUGAACAAGUUAUUUCAACAAACUCUUCGCCAUCAAGAGUAGCACAAGGGAGUGGACCAAACGCAGAGCUUUUGGACGAGAAUGACAGAUUGAGGAAAGAGAAUGUGCAGCUAACGAAAGAAUUGACGGAAAUGAAGAAUCUUUGCAAUAAUAUAUUUAGUCUGGUGUCGAAUUACGCGAGUACUCAAUCGGAGGGUAGUUUUCAUUCGUCGGAAAGCGAAGGGUUGCCGACGGCGAAGCCGCUGGACUUCCUGCCGGUUAAGCAGUUUUCCGGUGAGGAGACGAGUGCACGGCUUUUUGGUGUAGCGAUUGGCAUCAAGAGGGGAAGGGAAGGAGAAGGCGCAACGGGGGAGAAUGAUACACAGUUGCAAUUGCAGCAACCAGGAGCCAAUGCAGUGAAAGAUGAGCCGCACGAUUGUCAGAAUGGCAGGGUCAGUGGUGAUGAUAAAAACUCUACGUGGCUUAAAUCCGUGAGAGAGAGAUAAUCGGAGGAUGUCUAAUUGAUAUGAUAGGAUGAGGAUUCUAUUGUCUAAAAAAACAAUGUUAGAUACAAAUUUAGAGUAGGUGACAAUGAUCAUAACGAAGCAGUGGAACAGAAAUUCCAAACAAGGAGAGGCACGUGCAGAAAUGGGUCACGUGCUUUGUGAACCUUUGGGCCCCGAAUUCAAGAAGUUUCUGUGACCUUUUCUAUUAUAUCUAUUUCCCAUUUUUAUCUUUUCUUUUCUUUUAAUUUUUUUUAGCCUUUGAGGAAAAGUCUUCUCUUUUUUCCCAAUUUAGAAUAAGCAUUUAUAAUAAUGAUUUUUAAUUGACUAAAGACGGGAUAAAUUAAGGGGAGUUGAACGUCCAUUAGCUGAAGUACUUGUAUUAUAGCUCUACGAAACUACCCCUAGUCGUCUGGUUUGAUAAAUUUGAUGAAGGGUAAAGUAGCAAAUUCAAAUUGUCCGGUUAAGUAACUAGUAGUGCCAUUGGCUACCAUUACCUUCAUUGGCAGAAAAUGGCAUUUUGUCUUGUUUUAGAUCCGAUGGAAGUUCUCUGACCAAGCGGAGAUGAAUUAGGAAUGCUGUAUUUUUAGAUUGUAUUUUAAGUAAAUGUGAAAAAAUCCAAUAAUAUAUUUUAGAUUUUUAGA